GCAACAUGGUGGAGUGGUGUUUACCCCAGGAUAUUGAUUUGGAAGGCGUGGAAUUCAAAUCCAUGGCAAGCGGGUCCCACAAAAUCCAGUCGGAUUUCAUUUAUUUUCGGAAGGGGCUCUGUUUUGGCCUCGCCUGCUUCGCCAACAUGCCUGUGGAGAGUGAGUUAGAGCGUGGUGCCCGCAUGAAGUCCGUGGGGAUUCUCUCCCCUUCCUACACCCUGCUGUAUAGGUACAUGCACUUCCUGGAGAACCAGGUCAGACACCAGCUGGAGAUGCCAGGGCACUACUCCCAUCUAGAGGCGUUCUAUGAUGACAAGAAAGGAGUUCUCCCUGAUAGCAAGGGCACCCUCAUCUCUCAGCAACCUGUCCACUGGCUGCCAUCAAUCCACAGAUACAUGUACCCAGAGAUGAAGAUCACACACCCUGCUGGCUGUAUGUCUCAGUUCAUCAAAUUCUUCGGUGAGCAGAUCCUUGUCCUCUGGAAGUUUGCCCUGCUGCGCAAGCGCAUAUUGAUAUUUUCACCACCCCCAGUUGGAGUUGUCUGCUAUAGAGUGUAUUGCUGCUGUUGCCUUGCCAAUGUUUCUCUGCCUGGUCUUGGAGGAACUGUGCCAGAGUCCAAACCAUUCUUUUAUGUGAAUGUGGCAGACAUAGAAAUGCUGGAAACAGAAGUAUCAUAUGUGGCCUGUACAACAGAAAAGAUCUUUGAGGAGAAACGGGAUCUCUAUGAUGUCUAUGUGGACAACCAGAAUGUGAAGACACAUCAUAAGCAUCUGCAACCACUCCUGAAAAUUAACAAUGCUGACAAGGAGAAGUACCGACGGCUCAAUGACCAGAGGCAGAUGUUAAUGUAUUCUCAAGAAGUGGGUGAGGAUUGUAGCUCCUGUGAAGAGGACCUUUUCAUCUUGUUUUUCAUGGAGCAGAACAACCGCAUAUUUCAGACGCUGAUGGAAGUGUCAGCCAGCCAGGACAAGACACUGACGGCUGACCACGCACGAGGCAUGGGCCUGGAUCCCCAAGGGGAUUGGAGUUUCCUUAUGGACCUGCUGGAAGUGUAUGGCAUUGAUGUUAUGCUGGUCAUUGACAACCCCUGCUGCAUUUAA